AUGGGCAACUCCUCUUCUUCAGUGGCGCAGCCACCGGUUCUGGGCAGUGAACUCACCACACCUUCUUUGCAGAGCCAAUCUCGGUCUUACGACGAUAGCUGCAAAUACCUCGUAACAGGGCCGAGGCCUCAGGGCACAAGAGUCACAGAUGCAUACACUUUAGAUGUCUCAUCCGAUGCUGGACUUUGUUGCGGCUCAGCGCCCACGAAUGGUUCGGUCUCUUUCGUUUCUCGGGAGGAGGCUCUAAUUAAGGCACGGUACUAUAAGGACAGAAAUCCUGAGCUUGCGAAACAGGCGUACCUGUUCGCGCUCAAUUCCCCACCCACAAAGGGCUUUGGGAAAACACAGAGGCUGGAAGUCGCCAACCCCGCCACGAACUGUGGCUGCUCAUUUGUGCGCUGCACAAUUCCCCAACCUGUCAGUGCCUGUUGGGCUUCGAGCCAGUUCAGCCAUCCUGAGGCACCCGAGGGGAUGCCUGACGUGUCCCUGCAGAAGAUGGCGAGUGCGGAGGCCACAUCGACCACUUUUUCCAGCGGCAAUGUGACUCGCCUACACACGGACGACCUUGACGAGCUCGUGGUGAGCAACCCUGCGGCUCAACGCCUGCAGGUGGGGGAUGUUUCAGGACGCACGACAGGGAGAGAGAGCUUACGCCAGCUCGAUGACAGCGAGUUCAGGGCGGAGAUACAUGCAGAGCUUGCGCAGCUGCAUCUCAUAUGUGGAGAACCGCGCAAAGCCUUGGAGUGCUACAACAGCGCAGAAUUGCUCGCGCCUGAACAGCUGGCCUACUCGUACAGAAAGGGCGUUGUAUUGCAGCAGUUGGGUGAACGGGAGGGGGCCAUAUCGUGCUUCCGAGCGGUCCUGCAGAACGAUUCUAAGUAUAAGCCAGCCAUAUUCAACUUGGGUGUUUGCCUGGCCGUGGAUCCUGCCACACGGUCAGAGGCUCUGGGAACGUUCGAGCAUUUGCUGUCUAUCGACCCGAACAACGAUAGCGCGUUGGAUAUGAUUGCGGAUAUUCACGAGCAGGAAGGUCGUGUGGCGGAAGCGUAUACAGUGAAGCAGCGCGUUGUUACUCUUGACCCUUCAAACUUCCGGGCGGGAAGAGACCUAGCGAGGCUGGAAUCGACCCUGCUGGAUCGUGGCGGUGUCCCGGGCUAUGUAACGCUAAACUAA